AAAAAAAGAAGAUAAAACACAAAAAAAAAAAAAAAGGGAAAAACCCCCAUUUCUUUAGGGUUUAUUCGAGCUGUCCGUGACUCGCGCGAUUACGCGAUUUCAUGGUUUGUUUGUAGUCUGAGAAAUCCGAGGAGCAGUUUCGAAACAUUUCCAGUUAACGAUUUGAACAACAACAACAACAAAAAUGAGUCGAAUGAAUCUACCAUUUGAAGUUGGUCAGACUGUAGAGCUAAGAUCUUUUGAAUCGGGGUUUCGUGGAGCUUGGUUUCGAUGCAAGAUUCUGAAGAUAUUCAAGAAAAAGAGAGCACUAUGCUAUGAUGUGGAGUAUCUUGAUUAUCCCGGAGAGAGAAUACAUACAACAAAAGUGUUUCAGCAACUCGAUGGUGGGAGCGAGAAAUACCUAAUGAUUCGACCUGUGUUUCCAAGAAAGUUUGGUGAAGACCAAGUCCUUAACGAGGAGGGUGGUCUGGAAGAAGCUCUUGUUGUUCAUGAUUCUUGGAAGGUUGGUGAUUUGGUCGAUUGGUGGGAAGACUUUUGUUAUUGGUCUGGGACGGUUCUGGAAGUGAGGGAAAACGAGUCGCUACAGAUUGAAUUGUUGGCUCCACCGUAUGGCGAAGGGUGUAUCUAUGAGGCUCUGUCUAAGGAUGUGCGUCCAUCAUUGGAAUGGUCACUUGAAGAUGGUUGGACUGUGCCUUUUUCUAAGGUUGGGGAAAAGAGGCAAUGUGCUAAGCUAAUGAAACAUUUGAAUGAAGUUACAUUAGAUGAAGUUAGUGGAGCUGAAUCUAUGGAAGACGAAAAGCAGGGACCUUCAGAUGAAGUAAGUGGAGCCGAAUCUAGAGAUGAAGAAAAGCAGAGAGCCACAGAAAAGUUGAUUAGCGAUGGUGAUCUUCGGUUGAACAUCAUGGAAUCAGAGUCUGUAGAAGCAGCUGUCAUGGACUUGGAAGAGCUGAUUGUUCGUUUAGAGUGGCUGAAAGGAAAGUUGGGUCCUAAAUCUUCGGAAAAAGCUUCCUGGGUAUAUGAGGACUACCGUCCAUCCUCUUCAAGAAAGUGACAGGUUCUGAACAUAACAGACUAAAAAGUUCUCCUCUGGAUCAGAGUUUUGUACAAGUGGAAUAUAUUGAGUAGAAGAUGUAAAUGAGCAAAAGUCCUCAGGUGGAGAAGACCAGAAACUGAACAUAACUCUUUGUUUUUGAAAUGUCUGUCUUUUAGUAUAAAUAUCAACAGAACAUGAAGUUUUGGACCAAAACAAGACUGAUAGAAUAUUGCAUUCAUCAAAGGCCAAUGAAACUAUUGAGUAUUGGAAAUUUCACUCACAAGAUUGUUUGCUAUUAAGGUAUAAUAAACUAUAAACUAUCUAAAAUACAGCGAUAAAGACCAGAUCACUCAACGAGUUUACUUUCGUCCUACAACUUCGGUUAUUCUCUAUGUUAAUGAAUGAAGACUUGGUAUCAUGUAACCGAGAACAAGAUAAGGUGAAAGACGGAGAGACUAGACUCUUGUAAGCGACAGAGCUUAAUAUCGUAGCCUAAUAUGUUAGUGGUAAGUUGUUGGAAAUCAUUGCUAAGACAUAGAUUUAUAAAAUACUCAUAUCAAUCUUUGUUUCUA